AUGAUUCCAUCACUUUGUGCUAACGGUUGUGGCUUCUACGGUUCUUCUGCAAGCAAUAACCUUUGUUCAAAGUGUUACGAUGAUUUUCUCAAGAAAAACAUCGUUAAAUCACGUGAAGGUCUGGAAGAUGAAACCAAGAACUUGAAGGAUGAAACCUUUGUUGUUGAUCAAUCACCUACACAUGCUUCUGAGAGCACUAUCACUGAUGAUUUUGCUGCGAUUUCUCUUACUGAUUCCGAGACCAUGAAGACCAAGAAAAAGAGGUGCAAGAUCUGCAACAAAAAUGUUCGAUUAUUAGGGUUCGAGUGCCGUUGCGGUGAUGUGUUUUGUGGAAGACAUAGAUACCCAGAAGAGCAUUCUUGCAGUGUGGAUUUCAAGAAGAUUGGUCGUCAAUCUUUGGCUAAACAAAAUCCUAAGUGUGCAGGUGAUAAAUUAGUAGAUAUGGUCUAA